AACGCUUUGCCGAGCCCGUACUGAGGGUGGAGCCGGCGGCUGAAGUAUUUGAGGGGGUCCAGGUCACGUUGAUGUGCAUUGCUCAGACAGCGCGGCCCUCCAUCCGGCUUCGCUACACAUUUUACAGAGAUGGCAGCGCCCUGGAGUCGGCGCCGGAUGAUGGCGGUGUGUACACCAUCAACGCAGCGGCUGCAAACGUUUCUGGGAAUUACGCCUGCGAAGCGAUCGAGACAACUUACGGUCGGAGGAAGAGGAGUGACAAUGUUCACCUUUCUGUUAAACAAGCGUUCGCUGUCCCGAAGCUGACCGUGCAUCCUGAGGGACAGCUAGUUGAUGGCCAACGGUUUAAACUGAUGUGCUCGGUUGAGGAGAAUCUUUCCGAAGCUUCCUUGCGGUACGGCUUUUACAGAAAUGGGAUCCCUCUCCAGUCUCCGUCCGACCACAGCGAUUACCUCUCUGAGUCAGCUCGUCCGGCCGACGCGGAUACUUACCAUUGCGAAGUCACGGGCAGUAAAGUGCGGAAACACAGUAAUCAGCUCCAUUUGUCCAUCAGGCGAAUUCCAGUGUCAAAACCAGAACUAAUAAUUCAACCCAGAAAUAAGCUAAUAGAAGGAGGUGCAGGAUUCUUAAUCUGUUCAGUCUCCAAUGGUUCUCUGCCGAUUUAUUACCAAUUCUGCAAGGGCUCAAGCAUGAAACUGUACUGGGAACAUUCCAACAGUACCAAGCUUGUUUACAACAUUGAAGGCAUCAGCAGAAGGGACAAAGGGAUGUACCAUUGCUCGGUGAGAAAUGAGGUGACAGGCCCUCUGCACAGUGAAGAAGUAGAGAUCACAGUGAUAGUUCCUGUCACAGAUGCUGCGCUGAUAUCCCACACCAAUGGGACUGAGAUACAGCCCGGGGACCGCCUUGUUCUCCGGUGCCUGGUGAGGGAAGGCACUGAGCCCCAGUUCAUUUGGUACCGUGACAACGUGCCGUUAAGAAACGGCAGUGCGAGCUCCCAUUUGACUGCCGAUGAUGGUGAGCUGAUUAUUCAUUCAUUCCGGAGAGACAAUGUCGGGAGGUAUCACUGUGCAGCGAUCAACAAAGGAACCAACGGCAUCAUUUUUAACGUGACCAGCGACUAUAUCGAAUUCACGCUGCGAGGUAAGAGUGACAGUCAGAUCAAACAUCGACAGAGCGCAGAGAAAGGCCAUUCGCUCCAUCCAGUCUGUGCCAGUCGGAAACAAUUAACCAUCUCAAUUGGGAAGGUGACGGCUGGAUGGUAUUAUCGUGAGGUUAUUAAUUCAACUACCUUGGUCAUGUUCCCAAGAUCCCAGUUCAAAUCCCACUCAUACCCGAUGGCAGAAUUUGAGCGCAAUAAAAAUCUGGAAGUAUAA